AUGAGACCUUCGACAGCCUGUAUUGCGGAACCGAUUCUGGAAGCAGAAAUGGCUACGUCCUUCACGAAGGCCUCGCACGUGAAACACAACAUCCGUCAGGACCUGAAGGGCAAUGGUUCUAUGAGCCCGCCUGAGCGAACGGAUCUUGGCUAA